UAUUAAGACAAAUUAUUUGGGAGUUAUUCAGUCAUUCAUAGGCUAUCACUCGUGGCCAGGUAUGAUUGCCUUCCAAGUGUUGGGUCUUGGCAGUGGCUCUGUAGGUGACUGUAGAGACCUAUUCUUGAUCCAUGUGUUGUUUCACAAUAAGGAAAUCAUGUCUGAAGGAAAUAGCAUUGAACAGUUUCACAAUGCCUGUAUUUGGCAAGAGUCUGUUUUUAUGCUACUGUUAAACCACUAAAGUGACUGUUUCACACUGGGGUGGUUGUACAAGGGGAUGCACACAAGAGAGAUGGGCAUUGUGACCCAAUUCACAAUAGGACUGAUGAGCAAUGGGACCAAUACACAUUAGAAUCCAAUGUGCUACUGGACUGAUGCACAUCAGGAUUGAUGCAAAAUGGGAUCUAGUGUGCAUCAGGACACCAGCUAGAAAAUGUGGAUACACAUUGGUAGAGUCUAAUGUGAACCAGGACACCCUUGGUGUCCCUUUAUGCAUCUUAGCAAUUCACCAAUGUUCCUUAGAGCAGGGAUGUUGGCCACAUCAGCCUUGGGAUUGCCUUCAAAGGGUCAUUAAAUCCAUGAACAGAGAAUCCAUAAAUACAAUUUUUAACAUAGUGGUCGGUGCUCUUUACCCAGUUAUUGAAUAACAAUUCCAUAACUUGUGAUUAUCCACCAUGUGGAUUUAGGAUGAUGAGAAUUGCAACCCAACAGAACCUGUGUUGAGUAAAGGUGAAAGGACAUUUUAAAGUCAGGCCCCUUCUACACUGCCAUAUAAAAUUCAGAUUAUCUGCUUUGAACUGGAUUAUCUGGCAGUGUAGGCUCACAUAAUUCAGUUCAAAGCAGAUAACUUUUUUCUGCUUUGAUGAUCUAGAUUAUAUGGCAACGUAGAAGGGGCCUCAGACAUCAUAUCCCCAAGCCUUGUAUCUAAAUUCAAACCCCACUAUUCUGACUAAACAGAACAAAUUGCAGCAUUUCAGAUGUUACUGUAUCACAACUCCAUCAGCUCUAGUGAUGAUGUCUAAUGGAGAGGAAUACAGGAGUUGUAGUACAGCAUCUGGAGGGCCACAUAAAAUUACAUGGCAGGCUGAAUUUGGCUCAUGGCCUCUGAGUUUGACACAUACUCCUUAGAGCCUCUGUAUGAUUUAUGCAACAUAAAUCAUAAAUCAUAAUAGUCAAAUUCUGGUCAUCCUCUGAUAUUGUGUCAGAAGUUUUUGUAAAAACUGGUAAUUUAGUUAAGUGACAGGCAACAAACAUUAUCCAAAUUUUAUCCAGUCCACCCCACACCACCAAUGGGAUGGUACCAAAGGAAAUUGUUAUUCAUAAUAAUCUUAAAUCCUGUUUAUUUCAGUCAAUCUACUACAGUAGAGUCUCACUUAUCCAACGUUCUGGAUUAUCCAACGCAUUUUUGUAGUCAAUGUUUUCAAAACAUCAUGAUAUUUUGGUGCUAAAUUCAUAAAUACUUUAUUUACUACAUAGCAUUACUGCGUAUUGAACUACUUUUUCUGUCAAAUUUGUUGUAUAACGUGUUGUUUUGGUGCUUAAUUUGUAAAAUCAUAACCUAAUUUGGUGUUUAAUAGGCUUCUCCUUCAUCUCUCCUUGUUAUCCAACAUAUUCGCUUAUCCAACGUUCUGCCGGCCCGUUUAUGUUGGAUAAUUGAGACUCUACUGUAUAAGUAUGAUUAUGGGCCCUUCCAGACAGUAGAAACUCAGGAGGAAGUGUGUUAUUUUAACACACACCUUCCCAGAUUUGUGUCCCAAUUCAAAACUCGAGCUUUCCUUUGAGGUGUGGCUAGAUGCCAUCCUGGGUCAACCAAAACAUUUAUUUCCUCCCCUUCCUCUUGACACAUCAUUUUUAUGCACUGCUGGGAUGCCCCUUCAGUAAGUUUUUUUAAAAUGGGGGGCUGGAGGGGGGUGCCCUUCCACGAGCCUGAAGAACCAGGAUGGCUAUGGGUACUGACCCCCGGGACUGUGGAAGCAGUACCGGGAGGCAAUCCCAAAGGGCCCUCACAUGGAAAGAUCUGGACCUUUGCUUAAGAUCCAGAUCUUUCCAGAUGUUUAAUUAAUCUGGAGCAAACCGGUAAAUCCCAGUUUUCUCUGGACUAAUUCAUUUUUACCUGAGACAUCAUUUGGAUGCCUCGGGUAAAAGUGAGACAGAUCCCACGUUUCGGGCCUAUCUGGAAGGGCCCUGUCUUGGGAUCCAGCUCAUUGGAUAGGAAACAGCCUUAGAUUGUUUCCAUAGAGUUUUCUAAGGUAAGGGACACUGAGAGGUAGCUGGCCAUUGUCUUCCUCUGAAGUAUAGUAUACAUCACCUUGGUUGAGCCCAAGAGGUCUUUGCUGGAUCUGUUGUCUCUUGGGAAUGGAAGAACUUCUAUUUACCCAACAACCAGCUCAACCUAACUCCCUGCAUCUAAACCUUAUUAGUCUUUCAUUUCUUGAUUUAAAGAGUGACAUUAAACACCCUGCUCUCUGAUUGAUUAGGUCAUCCUAGAGUCUCUGUACAUCCCAGAGAGCUCUUUCACAAGGGCAAUCUAUUGUAAAAACUUCAAUAAUAUUAAACUUCCUACAACAGCCUGGCAACGAGUGAUGAAUGUUUGAACUGAUAAAAAAAAUCACAGCCUGUUAUAUAGGACAUUAACAACCAUUUCCAUGUGUAUUUUGCACAUUUUAAUGAAGAAAUCAUAUGGCAAUACUAUUUCCUGCAUUUGCCUAAAGAUGUUACCCAUUAGCAUGGACAGUUGUUAAUCAUUUUCCCAAAAAGGUAUCAAAAAGUAAGGAAUAACUGUUUACUUAUUGGGUCUGUUAAGCACCAGACAACCUUUCUAAUGCCCUUGUAAAUCACAAUAUAUCUUCUUAUGUGUCAAAAUAAACAGAGAUCAAAAUUUUAUUCUUGAUGCUUGAAGACACAAACAUGAUAUUACUUGUGAUCUUUUUAGCAUAUCUAUUAUUUACUUAAACAUGGGCAUUGAUGGACUACUGAUUUUUGUAGCCUGAUACACAGAUAUUAGCAACACAUGGCUGGCAAAAUGAAUUCCUUCUCCACCUGGCAGCUCUUUGUAUAAGGUCGAAAUCUGCUCUUGAGUAUUAGGUGAAUUUUUUAAGGCAGAUUUGGGGAGCAUAUUGGGCUGCAGGGAGGGGAUUAAAAGGGAAUUCUUAACUGCUUGAGCAGAAGUUAGCUUCCAUCUUAGUGGAUUCAGCUGUAUGUAUUAGUUCAAAUGUAUCAGACUAAUUUUAUAACAUGAUCCAAUGUGGUGAAGUGGGUUGAGUGUUGACCAGGACUCUGGGAGACCAGGGUUUGAUUACUCACUGGAAACCCACUGGGUGACUGUGGGCAAGUCAAAUGUUCUCACAUCAGAGAAAGGUAUGGGGCAACUUCAUUUGAAUAAACCCUUGACACGCCCCUCUCAAAACUACCAUGAUAGAUUCACCUUUAGAGGAAAAUAAUUUGAGGGCACAAUACAAAAAUGACAAUACUAUCAUGAGGACAAAAAGAGAAAAAAGAAAAUUAAGCUUCAUUUAGUAGAAGUCUACAACCUUCAUUCACAGAUUAUAGAAUCAAUAGGAAAUGGAAAACUUAACUAUUAUUGAGCUUGAUCUCCUCUGAUAAAUUAGUUUUCUUUGGGUAGAACUUACGAUGAAAAUAACUAUAACUGAUAUGUAUUAAUGUGAUUAUUCAAUCUUUCACAUUUCUAUGUUAAAGAAAAAGCACAAACAAUACACGAAACAACAGAAUUAAACCAAAAACACCAUAAGAAAAUAGUUUAUUGGACAAAAAAAGAAAUGGCUGAAAAGAGGUGAAAGCUGCAACCUUACAAAAUGUGUUCCAAUGGCAAAACUAUGAGCAGCACAUGAUUUCAGAGAGUGCCAUGACAUCUCCAAGGACAAAUGUUGCCUGAAGCAAGAAGUCACAAACUGGCUUAGAAAUUUGCAGCAGGGAAGAGAUUUGUGGAAGAUCUGAGAAAGCGAAGACAGAAUUAUCUGUUUCCUUUCAGGCAACUUUUCUUUGUAAACCCAUUUUUGCUGAGCUGCCAUGUGCCUCAGAGGGAUAGAAAGUUUGGGGGAACAGGACAUCCAGCAGCUUGUGUGUGUGUGAUUUCAUUUUUGACAAGGAAAAUGAAGCAAAAGGUUCACAAUACAGUAGGGCCUUUACUUAUGCAAAAGUGGAAAACCCCACAAAUUAAAAAAAUGAUAUUAUAUGCAAACAUUUUAUCACAGAUUCCGGGGAUGAGAGGCUGUUUUACCUGUACUACAUAAUGCAUAACAAGAAAGAUAUAAUGGAAUGAGGAUUUAUGGUACUUUCAUUAUCAGGGCUGACAUACAAAUGCAUGAUCAGAUUCACUUUAGAGCAGUGGUUCCCAACCUGUGGUCCAUGGACCACCAGUGGCUCGCAAGAACUAAAAUAUGGUCAGCAGCAUCACUAUUACUACACUGUUGCAGGAGAGCGGCUGGUCUCGCAAAACCCUCUUAUAAUGCUGAGGCUUAUUAAAUACGAUUUUCUGUGGACAAGCAGAUGGAGAGUACUGGAUGGCAUAUGUUCUGUAUCAGAAACUAGAGCUGAUGUGGCCUAUCCAAUGGAAUUUUCUGAAUUAGCAACCAAAUAACUAAACCAAAUCUAAAGUUGACUAAAAACUGAUUCGUAACCUUUUUGGUACUAAUGUUGGAUAGUGGUCCUUGGUCAAAGUGGUCCCUGGUCAAAAAAAGGUUGGGAACGACUGAUUUAGAGAAUAGAGAGAAUAUAUAAGCCAUAUAUACAUUUUCAAGAAAUAAAACAGAACUGUAGAUGAGGCAUCUGAUGAUCUUCCACAUUUGUUACUCUUUUGGACUUUUACUCUUCGAUGCUGUAAUUUUGAAAUAUACCAGAGGGCAAGUACUGUUAAUCCCCCCCCCCCCCCCAGCUCCAUUUGUGGAUUUGAUUAUGGGCUGAUUUGAUUAAUAAGUUUUCUCUUGGUCCUCCAGUAGAAGUUGACCAUAUAGUUGCAUUGGAAGACCUACAGAUCCUAGAAAGGUAUUCUCUCAGGCUGGAUCUACACUAUAUCCCAAUUGCUUUGAACUAGAUUAUAUGAGUAUACUGCCAGAUAAUGUAGGAAAAUCUGGGAUCAGAUCCUGGGAUAUAGGGCAGUGUAGAUCCAGCCUCAGGUUUAAAAAACAAGGGCAAGGUUUCUUUGCUUUUUUCACCUUUUCCCCAUUUUCAUGGGGGACCUGUGCCCUAACUCCAGCAAAUGUGAUGAGCCAACUCUAUUUAUUUUUCUUAUACUGUGGUCAUUGGAGAAGAGGAAGAAAAAAGUAGAAAUGUAUUAACUUGAUAUUCAAGAAGAAAUAACCAUGGGUAUUUUCAACAUUUUCUUUAAAUACCAAUUAAUAAUAUUAUAAAUUAAAUGAAAAAAUAAGAUAAAUAGCUUAACAGAAACAUACAUGAUUCUAACAAAUUUAAUUUUAAUGUAAGUUCUGAUAAAAUAUACUGGGUUCAGGAUACUAAAUGCAAAGCAGCAUGGCAUGCCUAUUGGUUGAGUUUAAUAGCUAUUUCAUAGUCAUUUGUGAGGUGUGAAAAAUAUAAUAAAUCUCCCAAAGGGAGGAAGGAAGUGAACAUUUGCAGUGUUGAUCUAAGAUGCGUGGUUUCUAUAAAUAUGCUGGACUUUUACGUAUGAUGCUAAUCUUAGCCAUAUAGUGACAUAUUAUAAUUUUAAUUACUAUUUGAGAACAGUCCAGUUAAAAAUCCCAAAGCACUUAACACCGGCACAAAAAAUAUUUGACAAACAUUAGAUCAUCACAGAUUAAUGUCAUUUGCCUAAGAGAGGAGCAUAUAAAUUGGUCUGCCUCCUUGGAUUCCAUCUACAGUAGUCCUCAUCUUCUUCCCUGCUGUUUAAUCAGAUACUAUUCUGCCAAAAUGAAGGCUGUGGUUCUGGGGUUACUUUUGCUCUCUUUCUUCAUGGGCAUCUCUGAAGUAAAAUCUGAAGGGGCUCCAGUCCGACUCUGCGGGAGAGACUUUGUCAGAGCGGUCGUCUUUACCUGUGGAGGAUCCCGCUGGAGAAGACAACUGAAUGGCUUCCCAAAUGGCCAUAUCACAAUACAUGACCACUUCCGGUGGCUGCCUUUUGUGAUCAAUAUCUCAACAGGUACUGAGGAAAAUUAUAUCCAGAAGUCAGAAUCCCAAAGCGAAGAAUUCAUCCAGUCAAGGGCUGAGGCUGAAAGAGAUCUGCAAGACCAGCAACAAAAGUCUAUCCAUAAAAGGCAUGAGGAUGUGAUGCGACUCACAAUCUCUUGCUGUGCUGUUGGCUGCAGCGAAAACACUAUAAGUACACUAUGCUAAAAAUGCACCAAUUGCUGAUAUGGAGGCUACUCUACAGCAAUAAUACUUUGGUCUUAAAAUAGGUCUUUUCAAGUAGGCUGCAAAAUUCUCAGCUCUUGUCUACCUUUCCAGAUUGACAAAUAUUGUUCAAUUACUACACUUCAAAUGUAUGAAUAAGAUUUCUGCUCUUUCUUUUGGUUCCUACUUUUGCAAUAAAUCUGAAGUUCACCAGCUGG